UCUGUGCUGUCCCCCCUCAGGUGAGCGACAGAGGUCAGGCCGUGUGGGGGGCCUGCCUGGGACUGGAGAGGCUCCUGCUGCGCCUCAGCCUGGUGCUGCCACAGGUGAAAAUUCAUUACGAGUGGAAGGUGGACGGGACAGAGAUUUCGCAGGUCUAUGGGGGCAAGCAGAAGAGAAGAGCUCUCCUGCAGGGCAGAAGUCUGCUUGCAGAGAGCGCCCCCUACCUGCAGUUCGCCGUGGCCCGAUGCCGUCUUCUCCGUCGCCGGUCGCGGGAGCCCGGCUGCGCGACAGACCCUCCUCCUCUUCCUCUUCGUCGAGCACGCUGACCCCUUCCAGUCCGAGCUGGGCGACUUCGUGGCCUCUGCGGAGACGGUGCAGCAGAAUUUGGACCCUCUCCUCCGGUACAACGAGGAGGCAGUGAUGUCGGCCAUCCACCUCCUGCUGGACUCUGCCCUGCAGGAUUGGCUCAAGGCACAGAAGGCCCAGGCGAGGCUGCGCUCGGCCCUGCCGGUCAUCCUGAGCUCGGUCGCCAGCGUGGUGUCCAGCAGCGCCUGCCUGGACUUCAGGACGUCCUGCUUCCGCAGCAUGAAGGUCCGGGACACGAAGGAGCUGGUGGCCUCUGUCCGGCAGUCCCUGGUGAGGGUGACCGAGGCCCGCUUCCUGCCCAGCCACAGGAGUGACCACAGGAGGCUGCCCCCAGAUGUCGCCGCCGACGCCGCGGCUCCGAUCCAGGGCCACCGGGAGGAGAGAGGGGACGAGGAUGAGGAUGAGGAAGAGGACAUGGACGCGGUUCUGCGGAGCCGGAGUCCAGAGGAAGUGGUGCCUCCCGGCGAGCUGGACAGCGAGCUCGGCGGGGCGGGACGGCGCUGGGGGACAGAGGCCCGGAAGCCCAGACGCCCGGGGGCCAGGAGGAAGGCCAGCCCCCCCUGCCCAGCCCCGGACCAGAGCCAGCCCAGCCCUUCCAAAAGGAGGCCCUGCCCCGUCGCCCCGGCGCUCCAGGAGAAAUCAGUAUUCCUACACCUGUGGAAAGCUGCCCCGAGCUCAGAAGAGGCCUCCUGCUGUCCGUCUUCAGUUUGCCCGUGCUCUGCAACGUGUCAGGAUGAGGUGCUGUGGCUACAGGGCAUCUCCAGCCUUCCCGAGUGGGAGUGAGAGGCAGGGUCUGGGGUGCUACAAGGCCCAGGAGAAGGCGGCCCGGAUCCAGACACGGACACUGGCCUCCUGGAGCAGAAGUGAACAGUAGUGCUCGUAUGGUGAAAGUACAUCUUACAGUUAUAUAAAAAUAGCCAUGUUCAAACAGGUUCGAUAUAGGGUAAGUCUUGUUUUUAAUAUGUUUCGUUUCUGAUGGCUGCGUUUUGUGUUUUCCCCCCUUGGAAAGCAGCUAUCUUGACUGGAUGUGUUGCAAGGAUUUGAAAAUAAAAUUAACAUUCAAUGGAAACGAUGCACAAUUGCUCUUUUUUUUUUUUCAGACCUGAAAUAUACAGACUCCUGAUGGCCUGCUCCAGUCAGGCUCAGAAAAAGCCCUGUACCCUUUGGCAAGUGGUGAAAAACGGCUGUCCUGUCCCUCCCACGGGUUCAAACAUCACACGGGCUGUGCAGUUCAUUUAAUACAAAUACAAAUAAAACCGAACAGGACGUGCUUCGAGAUCACCUGAUUGUAUUACAUAUGUACACAUAUACAUCAUGUGAUUCUUCUUUUUAAAACAA